AUGUUUCAUUUAUACUCUGCAAAUUUACGUACAAAGAAAACGGAUGAUAGUAUCAAUGAAUCAACUAAAACAACAACAAUAGCAACAGAUAAUGAUAAUGAAAUUUAUCCAUCAGCAAAAUGUUUGAAACAAAUCGAUGAUUCUAAUACACAUCAAACGGAACAAAUAAAACAUGAUUUAGCUGAUGAUGAAGAAUCAGAAGUUCCACAGAAUUAA